AUGAAUGAAGAACCAAAGGCAGAAUCCCUAGGACAGGCUCCAGCUAUACUGGCUCAAAGAAAGAAGGUUCCUCAAAUAGAGCCGUGGUGCCCUGAACCGACUGAUAUACAAAUUGAUCCAUUCUGCGACCCUUACAACCCGAAACAGAUUUCUUAUAGAGAUAUCGUUAAAGCAACAGAAACAAUUAGCCAAGAAAUAAAUAAAAGUCCACUAUGGAGGUCAAAACGAUGCGCUGAUUUUGGUAUGGAAUUGUAUUAUAAAAUCGAAAUAUUCUAUCCAACUGGAAGUUACAGCGAAAGAAAAGCGUUUUAUGCUUUAUCAAUGUUGAAUGAAGAUGAUCGAAAUCGGGGUGUCAUUACAGCAUCUUUAGGAAAUUGGGCUACGGCCUUAGCAUAUUAUGGUCAACGCUUAAACAUAUCAGUAACAGUAGUCCUACCCUCAAGUACACCAACAAGUGUGGUCGGAAAAUGUCAUGAAUUUGGAGCUUUCGUUGUUUCUUAUGGAAAGAAUCUCGAUGAAGCGAGGCGACAGGCCUUUGUUAUAUAUGACCAUCCUGACGUUAUAGCCGCAUCUGGGUCAAUUGGAAUCGAGAUUCUAAACCAACUUCCACAAGUUGAUGCGAUUGUUGUCCCUGUGGGGGGAGGUGGUCUCCUCGCAGGUAUAGCAGCUGCCGUUAAGCAUAUUAAGCCUGACAUAUUAGUUUAUGGUGUACAAACACGAAAUUCUCGCUCCUUCUUCAAAGCAAUGGAAAGUGGACAGCCAGAGCAGACUGUCGUAAAGAGACAAUUAGCUACAUCGCUAAUGAUGCCGACAGCUGGUUACAACGCCUAUAAUACAGCUAAAAAUAAGUUAGACAAAAUGGUUCUAGUGAAUGACGAUUGGAUAUCGCUGGCAAUGUUGCAUUUGUUUGAGGAAGAGAAAAUUGUGGUGGAAGGUGCGGCUGCUGCUGGUUUAGCAGCGUUUAUGUCUAUUCCUGAUAUCCUUCCAGAGCUGAAGGAGAAAACUGUCGUUUGCAUUCUAACUGGUGGGAACGUCGACUCAAUAAUUUUACCACGCUGCCUUGAACGAGCGAAAGCUAUUGAAGGUCGCAUAAUUGAACUAAGUGUACUUGUUGCAACCGAAAACAACCAGGAACACCUAAAAGUCUUAAGCAUGAUAGCUAAUGUCGGUGCCAACAUAAUUUAUUAUAAUUCAGAAAAGUCUUUGCUACAAGACAAUGAUUAUGAUAGGAAUUACGAAGAUUUUGAUGAAUUCUGUGAUCCGGAUAACCCCGUGACAAUUACUUAUGAUGACGCGGUAAAUGCACUCCAUCGAAUACGGAAAUACAUGCCGGAAACGCCAUAUGUAAUAUCUCAUAAACAAAAAGACUUUGCAAUGAACAUAUAUUAUAAACUGGAAACAGUGCAGAGGACGGGAAGUUUUAAAGAGAGAGGCGCCUUAAAUGCUUUGGAGGUCCUGCCGUUGGACAAGAAAAAAAUAGGCAUCGUCGUUGCGUCACUAGGCAAUCAAGCGAUGGGUCUCUGUUAUUACGGGCAUAAGCUUGGCAUACCAGUUACCGUUGUGAUGCCUAUAAAUGUGCCAAUUAACAAACUACAACAAUGCCACAAUCUUGGGGCUAAAGUUGUUGUACAAGGCGGGAACCUCACAGAGAGUCAAAGGUUCGCUCGGGCCAUUGCGCGAGAAAAGGGAUUGACUUAUAUUAAUGGUCGCGACCAUCCCGAUAUUCUCGCUGGGUACGGGACGAUAGCAUUAGAGAUCCUCGAACAACUGCCGAUCGUGGAUGCGGUCCUGGUUCCGGUGGGAAGCGGCGGCCUCGUUGCUGCGGUGGCAGCCGUAAUAAAGCAUGUUAAGCCAGACUGCCUUGUUUACGGCGUCCAAUCUGAAAAGAUACCAACAUUCUUUAAAUCUCUGGAAAUGGGUGAGCGUACGAAUCUCCCUUGGCAGAGCUCCACAGCAGAUUCUAUAGCGAUGCCCAGCAUUGGAGUCAACGCCUUUCACACGGUCAAGCCGCUUCUGGAUAAGAUGUUACUAGUUAACGAAGAUUGGAUAACCAGAUCAGUUCUACAUUUAGUUGAAUUAGAACGUUUGGUGGUCGAAGGUGCAGCUGCUUGUACGUUGGCUGCUAUCUUGGGUAACCUUGUCCCCGAGUUCAAGAAUAAAAAUGUUGUAUGCAUUUUAAGUGGAGGCAACAUAGAUGCGGUACUAAUGAGCCGUUGUCUUGACAGAGGACUAGCAGCCGAGGGUAGAUUGGUUAAGUUUAAAGUCUCUAUCAAAGAUACCGCAUCGGAAUUUGAAAGACUUUUCAGAUAUAUGGGAAAUGCGGGGUUCAACGUAAAAAGGCUCUUUCAAGACCGUGUUUGGGUAGAGAAUGAAAUUUACAGAGUCGAGGUGAAGUUAGUGUGUGAAGCGAGACACUUGGAACAUGCACUUGAAUUAAAGAGACUGAUGGAACGUGAAUAUGGUACGGCGGCCAUCUUUGAAACGGAGCCUUUCAAUGAAAAAUAUACGUGUCCCUGCUAUGUCAGAAAGUGCUGUAGCUAA